GUUCCUUUACCCCGAGCCAAUGAGCAGUCCUUGGAGGUGUGGGCUGUUUUCUUAGUCGGUUGAAGGGAGAUCUAUCGGUUUGUGCUGCAGCACACGGCUCAGGUAGACGUCAGAGAAUGAUUCAGUGCUGAUCUGCCAUGGAUGACGCCCACCUUAUAGGAAAUUCAGUUCAAGUCGCCCACAGAAGACCAUGGCUGCUCUCACAAUGGCCACAGAGACAGAGAAAGCCCAUGCCCUCCUCCAGACCUUCAGCACUGCCUCUGUCAUAGCCAGCACAGGACUGGGCAUUUUCUGUUUCGUUGCUGACAGAUUUAUUCAGUUUUCCUUAGUCCAGCACCACGAUUGGCUGAGAGCUGUUUCGGACAAUGCUGUACAUGGAGUUGUUGCCCUGUGGUCCUGGGCUAUUGUCAUCGGACUCAAGAAGAGGAGUGACUUCUGUGAAGUCAUCUUUGCUGGAUUCCUUGCUUCAGUCAUUGACUUGGACCACUUUUUUUUAGCUGGCUCUCUUUCACUUAAAGCAGCUUUGAAUCUUCCCCAAAGGCCUCAUCUUCAUUGCUCUACCUUAAUCCCUGUGGUGUCUUUUUCUUUAAAAUUUCUUAUGUGGAUUUGUAAGCUGAAGGACUCCUGGUGCUUUCUUCCUUGGAUGAUUUUUAUUUCAUGGGCUUCACAUCACGUCCGUGAUGGGGUUCGUCAUGGGCUAUGGUUCUGUCCCCUUGGAAGCACCGCGCCUGUGCCCUACUGGCUGUACAUUGCAAUCACUGCAUCAUUGCCUCAUCUCUGCUCCGUGCUGAUGUAUUUAACUGGAACCAGAGAUAUGAUUUCAACAAAGCAUGGCAUUGCAAUCGAUGUCUAAUUGUAAAUAUGCAAUUAUGAUGCAAGUGAUGUUUAAUUUAAUCAAGAUUCUUAUUUGCCUUUUAGUGAAUGGACGAAACUGGAAGUAUUUAUGUUGAGUGUAUGAUUGGAAAAGGUACAAUGUAAAGACUAAAAUGGUUCAUUUAUGAGUAGUUCUACACAGUGGAUGACAGCCCUCAGUGAACAACACAAGAAUGAAACUGUGAAACCCAUUUACAGUAUUUCAGAUGUUUCUCAAAUUUUAUAGAUUCACUCAACAUUUACCUGCAAAUAUUUUCCUCCCAGCUGGAACUGAAAUGUUUUUCACAGUUAAGUCUGAACCUGCUCUUAACAGUUGUGCAAAAGGUUUUGGCAACUCUACAAUACUGAAGAUAGGAGACAUUUUCAAAAAUUUCAACUACCAGUGAUGUGUUCUGUAAAAUGCUGGAUUUUGUUACUAAACACUCCAAGUAGUUCAGAUCUGACUUGCAGGUCUUUCAUUGGUUUGGACGACGACAUUGAGCCUGGAAUGAUGACAUUCAUUCGUAGAAGAGAUUUUCUCUAACUACGGUUAAGCUUAGAAGAUGGCCGUCGUGGAACCCGGUGGAUUUUUAACAGAUUGAAAUAAAGGCCUUCUGUUUUUUUUCAAUGUGCUCUAAUAACCAUGAAAAAAUGUUGGGGUUGGGUGAAGUAAUAUUUAGAAAUAAGUACUGUGUACUUGAAAACAACUGAGCAGAAUUUGUGUUUUCCUCCCACAUCCCAAAGAAGUUCAAGGCAGGCUUAUUGACGACUCAGAAUUUAGUGAGUGUGGGUUUGUGAUAAACUGGCGUCCCACCCUGGGGUCAUUCUUGUUUUACUAAGACCCCCCCCCUUCCCCCCCACUUCAACCCCAAAAUGAGUUGAGUAGUUCAGAAAAUUUCUUAAUAAUAACCUCAAAGGUGAAGCCUGCUAUGGUUUGCUGUACUAAUUUAAUUUAUUCCUAACGUAUUUAAGAUUGUGUGUAGUGAAUUAGCCAUCUUUUAAUCAAUUCCAACCCAUUUAUCCGAGAAAGUGGUACAGGGGUCCUGGAACUGAGCCCAACAGCAACAAAAGUGUAACGGGGACAUCCUGGUAAUCGGACAGGUUGGGAUGUCCGACUUUAAUAUGAUGGGCAUGUAUUUUUAAGGGAAACGGGGAGUGGCAGUCUCACUCUGUCUGGCUGAGUUUUUGUAUAUUUUACAGAUUAAUAGAAAGGACAGAGAUUCUUAUUUAAUUUGCACACAUUCCAUUCAAUAAUACUGUACAUUUGUCAUGUUUGGAAUCUCUUUUGUGUUAAAGUUUAUUUAAAACACUAUUUAUUAACAGUACCAAAUAGGUUGUUGCAAGUGUUUAAAGUUUUAUUUUACGUUUUAAAAGGAAAAUAAAAAUGAUGAUACCUAGCAUCACUUGUUACUACUGAGACGUUGCGCCAGGUAAGUGUAAUUAAUGUUUGUGGUAUUUUGAUAUCUCUGUAUAACCAAAUACUAGAUUUGUUAGACUUUACAAAUUAAAAAAGGGGAAGACCUCUAAAACAUGACGGCACUUUUCGUUGUAAUUUGCACCAUAAAUAAAAAUGUUCUGUUAACUAAACGGUUUACUUUGAA